GCUAUUGUUCCCGUACUAAACUCAAAACCUGAGAAGAAGCUCAGUGGCCUCGUUCAUGGCUUCGGAAAUUGAUUCAACUCCAACUCCAUCCAACAUCUCAUCUGCUUUCCUGCCCACGGUUUGCUUGCACAAUUGGUGGUUGGUUAGAGCUGAAACGGACUUCCAUGGGAGGCUAUUAGCUGUUGCAGGCUACCCCUCCAGAAACAGGCAAGAUGCAAAGCGGGUGUUUGUUUCUGCUCCAAUAAUCAAAAGACAUGAUUUAUCUACCUUAGAGACAGCAGAUGGAAUUUAUCUUAUUAUUAUAGGUUUCAUUAAUGAGCUGCAAACUAAGGAGAACGGCUUCCCAUGUGAGGUUUUCAAUCAUUUUAUAUUUGGCUUUCCUCCUGACUGGGAGGGCUGUGUUGUUAACUUCUUCAAAGAAGUUGCUACUGGCAUUGAUUCAGGAAAUAUCAUUACUUCUAAUGAAGAGGAACCAACAAGCCCAGUUACACCCAUUCACUCACAGGGGGAAAUAGAUGAGUUGUCAGAACAUUCUGUUGGAGGAUCUGCAUCUAGAAAAUCUAGAACUCGGUUGAGAAAUACUGAAAAUCAAUGUAGCGCAAGAAAAGUUGUCCUGGGCCACGCUAGGCCAAAGAUGACCAUGUCCAACAGAAAAAUGAAUCGGUCUAAAUCAGCUGAUCCUAAAAGAAAAAUGAAGCCUCUUUCAGCUGACACCACUAGGGGAAGCCUAUCUGUAAAGAGGAGUAAAAAGAGAAUUAACUUUGAUUCACAUGAGAAAUCAUCUGCAGUUUCUCCAGAUUUAUCCAAUUUUAGGAGAUCCAGGUCAGGUAGGCGGCUGCUUCCUCCUCUGGAGUUCUGGCGCAAUCAAAUGCCUGUUUAUGAUGCGGACCACAGCCUAACUGAAAUCCUGGAUGGAGCACAAUCCCAGAAAAAGCAAAGGAAGUAAUGUGUUGAAUGGUGCAGACUAUGAAGGGCGAUUGAAGCGUGCAUUGGAUGGCUUUCGCCCCCUCCAUUAUGAAGAAUGUCCAAGUGUCGGUGUGGCUGAACAGGAUCAGAUGUAAAAUAGUCGACUCAUUAUUGUUCCUGUGGCUGUGGUGUAGGUUAUGUAUCUAGUAUUUCGAUAUUUUGUUUUCAUGUGACACUAAUUCUGUGAAUAUGACCUGUAUUUAUUA